CUUGGCUCUCUUCAGCAGCAGGACGAUGGCGUCCUCGCCGUCCUCCUCGGCGUCCCGCGGGAACAGGGAGAACCCUGCGGGGACAGCGCGGGAUGAUCCCGUGCCAGUGGGAUGGACGGGAGUACCUUGCCAGCUGUGGCAGAAGAGCUCUUGAGAGAGAUCAAAAAGGCUUUUCAGGAGACCUCACAGGUGCCUGAUGACCUGCUGCUGGGGCUGAAGUUCGUUUUUGGCCCAUCUGCAGUCCCAGCUCUGGAUUUGGUGGAUCAGCAUUCUGUCACCCGGAUGAGGUCCCCCAGUGGAAGGAUUCUCUACCAGGUCCUUGGGAGCUCAGGCAAACUCUACACCUGCUACAGCUCCUGCCACUUCUGCACCUGCCCUGCCUUUGGGUUUUCUGUGUUGCAGAAGAGUGAGAGCCUUCUGUGCAAACACAUCCUGGCUGUCUACCUCAGCCAGGCCAUGGGAGCCUGCCAGGAGCUGGCUGUGUCUGAGGAGCAGCUCACAAACAUCCUCCUGGCUGAGGAAGAGGAUGAAGGAUGAAGGAUGAAGGAUUUGGAUCACUCCUGGCAUUUUUAAUAUCUACAAGGCUGUCAAAUGCUCAUUUAGGCUGGUAGAUUUCUUCCUGUGCUGCAGCCAAGUGUGACAUUAAUUAGCAGCCUGCCACUGAUAAAUUAAUUAAUUAGGCCUGUGUUGACUUCAGUAUUGUUUAUUUAUGCUGUUUUUGGGAUUUCUGAAGAUGUUUGAACUAAUCUGUAAUAAUUGUGAUGUGAGGUUGCAAACCUGCAGGUGUCUGUGAUCCACAGAUUAAAGAGCUGCUGUGGCUCUUUGCAGGUGGCAGCUCAGAGGAAUUUCUGAUUUUUCAGUGGCAAACCUGGUCCAGGGACUAGGGCAGGGACCCCUCAGCACCCUGAGACUGGUGACAGCUCUGUGCCUCCAAUGGAACAGGAUCCUUGGAAGCAUCAAGGUGGUUGCUGUGCUUUAAAUCAAACAUUUUCAAAUGCACUGAGCACCUCAAGGAUGCUUCCCUGGGAGCCAGCUCCUUCCAGCUGUGAUUCCCUGUCCAUGCUCUGUGCUCCCUGAGGGCAGUGUGGCCUCUGGUGCUGCAUCAGCCACCAGAAAUAAUGGGGCACAGGCUGAGCCAGGUGGUGUGGGUGGUAAAUGAAGCAUUUUGUAUGUAAAUAACCGUUUCUGCAAAUACAAAAUCUCAGUAACAUGAGGAGAACACUUCCAUCCAUGUACAUCAGCUCAAUGGCCACAGCUGCACUGGCUACAGAAAGUUCCUCUGCUGCUUUUGCUUCACAUUUUUAUAGAAACCUUCAGAGCUUUUAAUUGAGGGGGGCAAGGGAGGUGUUCUAUUUUUAUUCUGCCUAGCAAUGUCUUUGGCUCAGAUCCACAAAGGCACUUCCUGUGCCCAGUGACCAUGACCUGGGCCAGAGUUAAUGCCUGACAGCCCAAAGGCACAGCUGGCCUAAGGAUGCUCCACGUCCAUCUGCAGGAAUUCUGGCUCAUGAGAGGCAUGGGAAGGGAGCAGUGGUGGAUACUGAGCUGCACUGGAAGCUCUCACAUGUGGACAGGUGUUGGUGUUACAGCACUGAGAGUUUCACUCUGUUGCUGCUGUGAGAGUUUGGGUCCAUUUCAGGCAGCCAAAGGGAGAGAUUCCAUCCUUUGCUGUGAGGAUAAAUGUGGCUUGCAACCACUUGGCAACACUGCCAGGGCUGCAGGUGAAACCCUGCUGGUUUCCAGCCCUGAUUAACAGGAGGAACACGGCCAAGGAUAACACAGAGGGGAAGGGAUGGAGGGAGGAGAGAGCCAGGCCCUGCCCAGAUGGCAGGAGGUGGCCCAGGGUCAGCUGGCCCCUGAGCAAGGCAGAUGCAGCAAAGCUGAACGGAGCUGGUAAAGGAGAAGCACUUUGGACAGGGACUUGAACUGCUCAGACUCGUGCUGGAAGUGCCCAUAUCUGAGACACUGAGCUGUAGCUAAACUUGGACAUUGCAUAAACAUGUGCAAACCCAUCCAGAGCUCUCAGGUGAUUUCACCCAGGUCUGGGGCUGAGCUGCAGUGAAAUCCAGCACUCCCAGGGAACCAUUCCCUGUGCAUGGUGGACCCAGAGUCAUUCCUGCAGCUGCUGCCUGCAGCUCUUGCCAGCUGGCAGAGGAGAUGCUGCAGGAACAAGAUUUCUUCAGCUUUUCAGUUGAUUUUACACCAUAUUUGUAACAUUAUAUAUCAUUAUAUAUGCCAGAGAAAUGAAACUCUUGGGAUCUUGCACCCCCCUUUUAGUGCAACAGAAUUUAAAAAAAAUGUAGAGUUGAUUUCUGUGUGAUUCAAGUACAAUUUUUCAGGAAUAAAAAUAUAAAAAUUACUGUUAGGGGAAAAAAAAAGCAUUCACAGCUUCUGGGGGUUACAGGGCUGCAGGGGUGCCCCAGCCAGACCAAACUUUAGGAGUCAGGUGAGCUGCAGCAUCUACCUCUCCCAGCUAAAACUUGCACUUGAGGAAGCUCUGCAAGGCUGGCAGGGCAAAAACCCAAUUGUGGAACUCAUGUCCCCAAGGCAGAGUGACACUGGCCUUGGUGGCUCUGGUUCAGACCAGCCAGGACCAUUGGGGCACUUGUGCCUCCUGCAUUUUGAUAGCUGGAAACAGAUCUGGAAGCAAACCUGAAGCACUGGGCUGCACAGUCCUGUGAACCAAAGUGAAUUAAAGGCCAUAAAACCUCUGCCCUAAAACCUUGGUCAAGUCUUUUCUCAAAUCUUUCAGUAAAUGGGAUUUCCGUGCUGGGCUGGCCAGUUCUGACCUGGUUUUCCCAUUCUCACAGUCCCUCCCCUCAGUGCCUGGAACACAGAUUCAGUUUCACACCAGCAACUGGGCUAAGUAAGACUUUUUCCCAUCAGAGAAUACAAGCUGCAUCAAACAAUUGAUGGAAUAAUUAGGGUAUUACCAAAGUGCUGUCAAGUAUGAACUUAGAGAACAACUCAAAAAACAGACACAAAAUUAUUACUCCUAAAUGAA